AUCUCCCAACAUGGCCCCACUGAAAGUCUACGUAGCAAGUGCCACUGCAAACCCGGAGACUAAAUAUCGAGUACAGAGAACUCUUAUGAUCCUUGACGGAUUAGGCAUCCCAUUUGACUCAAUCGACAUUACGAAACCAGAACAUGCCGAGCAACGGAGGUUUAUGCGGGAGAAUGCGUCGAAGAAGGGUCCGAAUGGAGCAGUCUUGCCUCCACAGUUUUUCUAUGAGGACGAGUAUUUGGGGGACUACGAAGACUUUGACACAUCUGUGGAAGCUGACACAAUUACAGAGUUUCUCAGAUUACUGCCAGAUGCUAUUGAGUCAAAUGUAACCACUAAUGGGGCAGAGGCUGGCGGAGACGAUACAGGUACAACAACAGCAAAGUCCGAUGAGAAGAAGGCAGAGGAGGAUGAUGAGGAGGAUGAGGAAUGGGAUGAGGAUGAGGGAGAGGAUGAAGAGGAAGGAGAGGAAGGAUCUAAGGAAGAGAAGAAGAAGGAGGAAGAAGUAGAUGCAUCUGAAACGAUAACUCUAGCGAAGCCAGAAGCAAAGAAGGAUGAAGAGGAAGUAGUGGAAGAUGAGGAGCUAGAGGGAGAGGACGAGGAAUGGGAUGAGGAUGAAGAGGAAGGAGAGGAGGAAGAAAAGGCCUAGGGGGAGAUGAUUCAAUUCGGGUUUAGCUGUUUUUUUCUGUCUCUGCUGUGUUUCCACCCAUUACGGAAUUCAAGGGUGAUAUGGUGUUAUAACUUCAACGGUGGAGUAGCGCCAGUGGGGAAAGUUGUUAAAAACCACUCCUAUCGUGCCAAAAUAGGGCUGUACAAAUCGGCGUCCGGUCGUCCGAUUUUGACACCACCGGACGCACUGCGUCCGGUUUUGGGGUAGGUUUCCACGGCGGCCGACAAUUUCCGAGUUUCGCCACUCACUAUACUUAAUCAGCAAUUUUAUAGUGAGUGGCGAAACUCGGAAAUUGUCGGCCGUUGUGGAUAGCUACCCCCAACCGGACGCAUGUGCGUCCGGUUUGGACGACCGGACGUCCAGUUGUACAGCCCUAUGCCAAAAUGACUGAAUAUCAUUUAAAAAAAUUUGAAAAUUUUUUGAAAUUUUUUUAUUUACUGUCUCACUCACUCAGUAUUUUUCAGUAUUUGCCACUCAUAAUUUUGGAAGUCGACCAAAAAUGCAUUUUUUUUCGACUUUUUCAAAUACUUUAAUUAAAUUUUAAUGAAAUGUAUCAAAACAUUGUAGGGGUUGGAACAUGAGGCAUUGCUUUGUAUUUUCUCAAAAGCUCAUAUUUUUUCAAAAUUUUUGGUAAAUUUGCCAAAACUUUGACCGAAAGUUAUGAAAAAUCUGAAAUUUUUUGGAGUGUGUAUUCCGACAAAAUCCCACUGGCGCUACUCCACCUCUAGGUAAAAUUUUAGAUUAUACAAAGGCUUCGGAUUCAGUGCUGGUUUUUUCUAUGUUUUUUUUUCCAUCGGAAC